UGCUCUUCAGUAUUCUUCCAAUUACUCGGAAGAAGACAAUGGCAGAGCUGGGAAACGGGAAGAAGCAAGCGUCCCCAGAGGAGGUGCAUCCUCGGAAGGUUUUCGGGUGGGCGUCCAGGGACGAAUCCGGCGUCCUCUCUCCCUUCGCCUUUUCGCGGAGGAAUACCGGUGCUGAUGAUGUCACUAUAAAAAUUUUGUAUUGUGGAAUCUGCCACUCUGACCUUCACUAUGCCAAGAACGAAUGGUCAAAUACCAUUUACCCAGUGGUUCCUGGGCACGAGAUCGCGGGUGUCAUAACUGAAGUGGGCCAAAACGUCCAAAACUUCAAGGUAGGUGAAAAAGUAGGCGUGGGAUGCAUCGUCAACUCCUGUCGCUCCUGCCAAAACUGCAACCGGGACUACGAGAACUAUUGCCCUCGCGUCAUCUUAAGCUACAACUCCCUGGACGUCGAUGGAACCAUGAAUUAUGGAGGCUACUCCAACAUGAUCGUCGUCAACCAACAUUUUGUCAUCCACUUCCCUGAGAACAUGCCCCUUGACAAGGGUGCCCCACUGCUGUGUGCCGGCAUCACAGUCUACAGCCCCAUGAAGGAACACGGCCUGGAUGUGCCUGGAAAGCAUCUCGGAGUCGUUGGCCUCGGUGGUCUCGGUCAUGUCGCUGUUAAGUUCGGCAAGGCUUUCGGGAUGAAGGUCACUGUUAUAAGUACUUCUCCAAAGAAGGAGAAGGAAGCCAUUGAGCGUUUGGGAGCUGAUGCUUUCUUGGUCAGCAGCAAUGCUGGACAAAUGCAGGCUGCCAUGGGCACCAUGGAUGGUAUUAUUAACACAGUUUCAGCUGAUCACUCCAUUAUGCCGUUGAUGAUGCUGUUGCAAACUCAUGGGAAAAUGAUCAUGGUGGGAGCACCCGAGAAGCCACUGCAGCUUUCAACCUUCGCCUUGAUUUUUGGUGGGAAAAGCUUGGCAGGGAGUGGCAUUGGGGGAAUGAAGGCGACACAGGAGAUGAUAGAUUUUGCGGCCAAAAACAACAUAACUGCAGACAUAGAGCUCAUUCCCAUCGACUACUUGAACGAGGCGAUGGAGCGGCUCGCAAAGGCUGAUGUCAGAUAUCGCUUCGUAAUUGAUAUUGGCAACUCCUUAACUGAAGCCUAAAAGAGUUGAAUAUGAUCUGGAGUAGUAUCAAAGAUAGAUGUUGUUGCUUUUCGUUUCUCGGUCAAAUAAAGACUACUGCGAACUUGCGAUCAGUAGUAUUAGAAUAUGAAUUCCUUAGCAUUUUUGGAUUCCUUUAAUGGAGUGAAAUAGUAAUCUCCAAGUGUGCCGACCGGGUCA